UGGGAAUGAGAUUUCAUGGUAAUCAUAAAUUUAAAAAAUCAGAUAUCAUCACUCUUGAACUGGAGCCUUUUAAUACAUAUGAUAAGAAUGCAAUAAAAGUUAUGGUAGAUGGUAUCCAUAAAGCCUAUGUGGCAAAAGAUGAGAAUAUAAGAAUAGGAGAUUUAAUAAGAUAUUAUCUUCAUUAUUGGAUAAAUGCUCAUGGAAAAAAGAACUAUAACAAAUCAGCAUCUUUAAAUAUUGAAUAUUCUUGGAUGGUCUGUGGAAGAUGUCAUGAUAUGCUACAAGCAUUGAGAGAUUAUGACUAUAGCUAUUAG